ACAGGGCGGGCAGAAUUUCAGUUUUUUUUCACCCGCAGGCUCCUCGUCUAUUGCAGAGGAUCAAGGAUGCUUCCUCCACGGAAUAAAACGCAGCCUGGGACAUCUUUGACAGUACUUCUCCUUUGUGUGCUUAUUGUGUGCACCAGCGGUGUCUUGUCCAGCAGGGAGCAAGCGGUGCAUAAGCUAGCAGACAGGAAGAUGUGUGCCGAUGAAGAAUGCAGCCAUCCCAUCUCCAUGGGACGAGCGCUGGCUGAUUACACCGCCCCCGACUGCAGGUUCAUCAACAUCCACCAGGGGCAGAUUGUUUACGUGUACGGAAAACUCAAAGGCAGAGGACGCAACUUCUGGCAAGGCACAGUCCAGGGCGAUUAUUUUGGGGAGCAGACCUCCGUCCUCGGUUUCUUCCCAAAGUCGGUGGUGGAGGUGACCCAGCACCUGGUGACAGACCUGAUAGAGCUGCCGACAGAGGACUGGGAUUUUCGUUGUUAAGAGGGAAGACAAAGAGAGUGACUGUCAUUCUGUCACCAGAAGACCAAACUAUAUUGCAUCGAGUGUUUAUGUAGAAUUAGAUUUGAACACCUUGUAAGCUGUAGUGAUAAUGGCUAACUCACAUCCAAAAUAAACAGGAAAUAGCUGCUAGGCUGGUCAAUA